GGCGAAGGUUACCCGGAUCUGGCCGUGUGUCUUGGGCCGGCGAUCUGCGGCCGCCUGGGAGGUGCUGCGGCCCGGUGGGCAGGUGCACUGGUGCUGAGGACUAUGAGCUUUCAGAAGUUCUGGAAAGAACACAAAGUUCUGGUGGUUAUGAUACCUUUACUCGGGCUCAUACAUUUUGGUUGGUACAGAAUCAGAAGUAGCCCUAUUUUCCAAAUACCCAAGGACAACAUACGUGAGCCAGAUAGUCUGCCACUUGCAAUUGCACCAAAAGACCAAAUCCAAGAGAAAUAGCAGGCUCUGGGGUCUUUUCAGAAAGAAGCAGUUUGAAUCAGAGUUUAAUAUUCAAAGAAGAGAUGAAAAACCCCAGUUGGAUUAGAAAGAACUGGCUUCUGGUAGCUGGGGUAUCUUUCAUAGGUGUCCAUCUUGGAACUUACUUUAUGCAGAGGAUUGCAAAACAGUCUGUAAGAUCUCAGUCUGCAGACAAACAAAGGAAUGUUGAAGAAUAAAGGAAAAUAAAUAUUUGGAAUUAUCAGUAUGCCAUUAAGUCAUUACCUGCUGAUUGGUUUCAGAAACAGCACUAUUUAAUUUUGUAGUUAUGAUGCUCUAUUUUCAGAUGUUCAUUCCAGAUGAAUAUUUUUUAUCUUAAAACACUUAACAAUAUAAUAAAUAGGACAAUAUGUUUAACAAAAUAAAAGCAGUCUUCCCAAGGUACACCUGAAGUAAGAUGUCUCGUUUAGAAACUAAGAAGCCAUCAUUGUGUAAAAGCGAACCACUAACAAGUGAGAGCGUCAGGGCCACACUAGCUGUCUUGAAAGAGAUUGUAACAUCAUGCUAUGGCCCUUCCGGUAGACUGAAGCAGCUGCACAAUGGCUUGGGAGGUUAUGUGUGCACAACCUCGCAGUCUUCCGCCCUGCUCAGAAACCUGCCGGUCACCCAUCCCAUACUCAAGAUCCUGACCACUUCUGUACAAAAUCAUGUGUUGUGCUCUCGUGACUGUGGCUUAUUCACAGCCAUUCUUUGCUGCAACCUGAUUGAGAAUGUUCAGAGAAUGGACUUGACACCCACCACUGUCAUUAAAUUAAAUAAACAUCUUCUGAGUCUCUGUACUAGUUAUCUCAAGUCUGAGGCCUGUGGUUGUCGAAUCUCAGUUGACUUUAGUAGCACUCAGAUUCCACUUAGCUUGACACACAGUAUAAUAACAAGCAAACCCGCCUGCAUGCUCACCAGAAAGGAAGUAGAGCACAUCAGUACUUUGAUCCUGAGAGCCUUUUUGCUGACAAUUCCAGAAAGCACAGAAGACCCCGUCAUCUUAGGACAGAGCAUCAUUGUGCCUGGAAAGGGUCAGAGAGUUACAGAUUCCACUGUAUUGCCUGGAAUACUCAUUGACAUGUCGGAGGUUCAACUGAGGAGAUUGCUACCUAUCCAAAAACCCCAUGCCCUCAAAGUGGCGCUCUUUUGUAUUUCUUUAUCAGGAGAUUUUUCUGACACCGGAGAAGGAACUUUGGUGGUCCCUUCAGGGGUGUCUCUUGAGAAUGCAGCCCUGGACCAGUUGCUUAAUCUAGGGAGGCAGCUAGUUAGUGACCAUGUAGAUCUCGUCUUGUGCCAAAAAGUUGUGCACCCGUCUUUGAAACAGUUCCUUAGUUCUCAUGGCAUUAUUGCCAUUGACAGACUUGGAGUGACGCUGAUGGAGUCCCUGAGCAAAGUGACAGGAACACAGCCUAUCGGUUCCUUAGGCUCAGUCUCUCCAAGUAGCUACGGAAGUGUGAAAGAGGUGGGCUCUACGCAAUUUGGCUCCAAACAUUUCUUUCAUCUCAUUCCUGACAAAGCAACUGUCUGCAGCUUGCUGCUCUGCAGCAGGAAUGACACCGCAUGGGAUGAGCUGAAGCUUGCAUGUCAAACAGCACUGCAUGCUUUGCAGCUAACAAUUAAGGAACCCUGGGUUUUGUUGGGAGGUGGCUGCACAGAGACUCAUUUGGCUGCAUACAUCAGAAACAAGACUCAUAGUGAAGCCGAAAGCAUUCUCAAAGACUGCGGCUGUACUCAAGCAGAGCUUCAAUUAAUGGCAAAAGCAUUUUGCAGUGCUUUAGAAUCUCCUGCGUGCUCUCUGGAACAUGAUGGAGGUGAAAUCCUGACUGACAUGAAGUAUGGACACUUUUGGUCAGUUCAAGCAGAGUCUCCCUCUGUCAGGAACUGGUCGGAUUUGCUUUCAAGGUGUGGCUGUGGAUUACUCAGUAGUCAGGAACAACUUGGCUGGUCCUUCUUAAGAAGCAUGCAUCCUCCUUUUGCACCACCAACCUACCUUCCAUGUGCAGCUGUGGGCUUAGCAGCUGUGCGCUCAGCCAGCAGUCUAACCGUGGACUGUUUGACUGCCAAGCUUAAUGGCCUACAGGUGGCCGUAGAGACAGCCAAUUUGAUUUUAGACCUUUCAUACAUCAUUGAAGAUAAAAACUGAUGUAAAAGAUAACAUCUUUACAUUAUGAAACAAGCUA